AUGCAUAUUGGUAUGUUGUAUGGUUACAUCAUGUGGUAUGAAUGCACGUUGGGACUUUGGGGCACAAAUGUUCAAAUGCGAUUAAUACAUUUUAAUGAAAAAGAAACAAACGCGGAAUCAGAUUCGGAAAAUUCUUCGGACUCAUGGACAGAUCAAUUAACAAUACCAAACGACGGCAACUUAUACAACUUCGGUGUUGAAAAGUUCUGCACUUUUUUGCAAUGUCUGGUGGUUGCCGAAGUAGUUAUCGAAAAAUGCAGGAAGCAACGUAUCAAUGGGAGAAAAUUUUCCAAAUUAACCGACAGCGAAAUCGACAGUCUCGGUCUACGUCAGCCCUUGAUACAAUAUUUUAAGAAGAGAUCAUUUUCCAAAUCAUCCAGAAAAGACAGGUCUAAGCAAAAUGGAUAUUCGAAGGAUAAUAAAAAUAAUACAACAAACGUUCCUCUCAACGCCAGUAACAACAAAAUAUCGUCUCAAAAGAACGAUGAAAUGACUAGAUUAUAUAAAAUUAAUUUGUAG